GUGAGCGCCAGUUAGCGUGAACUCGACCGUUAGCUGCUGUUAAAUCUCGAUUCCUUAAAUAGCGCAUAUUUAGCGCAAUUUACAAACACGUAGAGUCGUUCUCGUGUGUAAAUUUAACGGGAAAUGACACCACAGACCGGCCACAUUUCUUCUCGUAACGGUACCGAGCGUCUGGGUUGUUCACUAACUUGGUCUCGGAGCUGCUGCUAACAGGCUAGGUGGCUAACAGGCUAGCGGCUAGGUGGCUAGCAGCUAGGUGGCUAACAGGCUAGCAGGCAGCCGUUGACGGAGUCUGAGCAGAACCAGGAAGGAGGCGGCAGACGAGCGGGCAGCUUCGGGCCUCGAAGGUUCCUCCGGUCCUGAAAACAUUUGCUCGCCGAACCGAACCUCGUCCACUCUGCUGAAUAAAGGAUCAUCUAUACUGGCUUUACUGAACACAGACAUGUCAAAGGCUCCAGAUUCUCCAGCUCGGUCCCGAUCCAGGUCCAGGUCUAGGUCCAGAUCCAGAUCCUACUCCAGGUCUCACUCCAAAAGCCGAUCCCGCUCAAGAUCCAGGAAACGACGCUACAGCUCCAGGUCUCGGUCCCGGUCUCGCUCACACUCUCCGUCCUACAGAAACUACCCAUCUCGGGACUAUCAGAACAACAGAGGCGGCUUCAGAGGCUACAACCGGGGCUACCGGAGGCCGUACCACUACCGGGGCCGCAACCGAGGGUACUACCAGCGAGGCCACUACCAGAACCGAGGCGGUGGCUACGGCUACAAGGCUAACUGGCAGGGUGGAGGUGGAGGAGGUGGAGGAGGCUGGCACGACCGCCAUCACGACCAGGACCACCACUCUCACAGCCCCAGAAGGGGGCGCUCUCGCUCCCGCACGCCCAAGAAGCGCUCGGGCAGCCGGAGCCGAUCCCGCUACUCCGACCGCUCGUCUUCGGGAAGAUCUCGGCCCUCCAGACGUUCCAGCUAUACGUCCCGGUCCAGAUCCCCGUCCCCCCGGCACCGCAGCAGCAAGGCCAAGCCCGGCUCCAGGGACAAGGAGAAGGUAGCAGAGAGUCUGGCAGAGAAACCGGGUCAGGCGGCCGAUGGCAGCGCCAUCGAGAAGGCAUCUGGAGGGAAGUGGAUCGACUAUGACACCAGCCCCAAACGGAGCAGCCCCGACGCCAAGAAGGACGAAGCUGCCGACCUUAAAGUCUCGGCGGGCGGCGGUUCGCUGUGGAAAACCGUCGGCAGCGUGUCGCCUCCUCCAGCCAAGAGUCCAACCAAGUCUGGACAGACGGCUUCCUUCAGCGGCUUCGGGUUCUUCUCCAAGGAGGACGCCAAAUCUGGAGAUAAGACGGUGAUCUCUGCUGCCUUCAAAAAGUUCUUGGCUGAGAAUAAAAGCAAAAAACAAGCGUCUGAAAAGGAAAAUGGUCGUGAAAAGGAGCAGAUCUCUGCAGAAAGAGAAGCAGAGAAAAGCAGCAAGUCUGGAGAUCUGUUCAGCAUCUCCUCGGCCUCCUUCACCGACUCCAAGGACGACAAGACUCUGCCCUUCUUUGACGCUGGAGAAGAGGAGUUCCUGAAAUCCCACGGGCUGAAGGAGCGGGACAUGGAGGAGGAAGGAGAGACCAAACCCGCCCUCACAGCUCGGGACAUUUUCGGUAAAUGGGGGGACGAGCCCAGUUACCCGACGUCCUACCCAUCUGUUAAAGAGAAGAGCCGGAGGGAGGCCGAGGAGGCGGAGCCCAUCGAUCACCUGGAGGAGGAGAUGUACCGAAGCCGCAAACACAGCUCCAAGAAGGAGGAGAAGUCCAAGAAGAAGGAGAAGAAAGAGAAGGAGAAGCCCAGGAGGAGUCUGACCCCUCCGUCCACCUCCAGAGAGAAAGACCGGCCGCUGUUUCCUGGAGCUUUUCCUCCUCGAGAGCAGUCGCCUGUGCGACACCUGUCUGCUUCCAGGGAGGAGUUUGAGCUCAAAAUCGGUUCUUUAGAUGAAAUGCCCAGCUCCUCUCUGUCUAAAGAUCGCAGCUUGCCCAGAGAUCUGCUGAAUCCCUCUAAGAAAGAUCCAGAGUUUCGCUCCAUUUUCCAGAACAUUCAGUCAGCGCAGCUCCGUCGAAGCCCAUCGGAGCUGUUCGCUCAGCACAUAGUCUCAAUCGUUCACUACAUCAAAGCCCAACACUUCCCCUCCUCAGACAUGACUUUAAGUGAGCGGUUUGCCAUGUACCAAAGAAAAGCUGCAGAGGUAGAAAUGAUGAAGGCAAGGAAGAGCCCAGAAAUCCACAGGAGAAUCGAUGUUUCCCCCAGUGCCUUUAAGAGGCACUCUCACCUGUUUGAGGAUAUGGAGGAGACGAGCUACAAGGAUCCAAGUAAAAAGUUCAGAGGCGACGUGAUGGACCUUCGCCUGGAUAUAGAAAGACGUAAGAGGUUUGCUGGGAAGGAUCGAGACUACAAGCGAGAAGGAGGAAGGAGCCCUGGAGGCUCCCGAGGACCGAGCAGAGAGAGGUCCUCUGAGAAAUCUGGGAAACACCAUAAGAAGUCCAAGAAGGGAAAGAAGAAGCGCGAUCGUUCCCCAUCCUCCUCCUCCUCUUCCUCCUCCGCCUCCCCCUAUCCUCCCCCCUUCAGGGGUAAGGAGUACCUGGGGGAGGGCAUGGAGCACUCGGAGGAGGGCUACAGUCACCCUCGCUACCCUCCCCGGGACUACAGCGGCCCCAGAGAGUACGAGGGCCACAACGCUGAGCGAGGAAGAGGACGAGGAUUUUUCCCCAGAGUCCGAGGUCGAGGAUGGAGCCGAGGAAACUAUCCAGGGAACAGCAGCAACGGAAACCCUGCUAAUAUGAACCCUCCAGUGCGCCCCCCAGAGGAGGAGUGGGACCCUGAGUACACCCCCAAGAGCAGGAAGUACUACCUGCACGAUGACCGCGACGGAGAGAAGACCUGGGUGGAUAGUCGAGGUCGAGGCCGAGGAUCGUUCCCGACUCGCCGUGGACGUUUCGUUUACCGGAAAGGAGGCAGCAGCCCCAAGUGGACCCACGACAUGUUCCAGGGAGGAGAGGAGGGAGAGCUGGGAGACGACGGCAUGGAGGUGGAGCACAAAGAGCUGAAGAACGCUGGAGACAGCAAGCAGUAAGGCUUCAUUCUGCUCCUCCUCGUCUGUAACGGUUCUAAUGUUCACUUUGGUGUCUGUGUGGGAGGAGUUAGAGAGGCGAGUUCAUUUUCUGUCACUAAAUACGAGAAGCGUUUGUGCCUUAGAAGAAAAUAAGAAGAAUAUUUCUGUGAUGUUUCUGUGAUGUGUGGAAGAACCUUUAGUUCACCUGUUGGUCUGGAGAUUUACUGCAUGUUCUCUCUCCACGGGACCAGUCAGCAGCAACACGUUCCCUUUCAGUUCCCUGGACGUUCUCCUUCAUCUCUCCUGUCAGGAGAUGAAGACGUUGUGAAGUUUUAUUUCUGUUUUCAGUUAAAAAUCAACCAAACGUGUCAUUGAUUCUCAUAAUUUGGCUCCAAAUCUCCUGGAUGUUCUUCAGACUCGAAGCUUUUCUGCCUCAUAUCAGCUAUCUGUUUAGAUUUUUAACCCGUACAUGUAUAGACAUCAGAUCUAAAUUAUUGUGAUCCUGCAGUUUUAAUGUUCUGAACAGAGAAACAUUGUGAGAACGUUCUGGUGUAUAUUUCUGGUUGGCUCUGAGCUGCUUCGUCCCACUUUAACUGUACAUACUGCAUGGACUUUUCUGUUUCAUCUCAACACUUUUUUACUGUUCUCAAGAGCUUUCAAGUACCUGUCUUUUAAUUUUCAAUAAAUUUUUCUUUGAUUCAGGGCA